CGCUCUCGCUAGCGGCAGUAAACAUGGCGAGCGGCUAACGGUAGUAAUGCUAAGAGUGCUGAAGCUUUUGGAUUUGAAAGCUUAAACAUUACAUUUCACGUUACAUUUGGCGUCCAGAGGCGUGUCAGUUGGGCUUUACGCUCAACAGAUUUUACUUUUAAAGGUUGAAGGAGACGCACCGACAAGAUGGGGCGACGUUCAACCUCCUCCACCAAGAGUGGGAAGUUUAUGAACCCCACCGACCAGGCCAGAAAGGAGGCCAGGAAGAGGGAGUUGAAAAAGAACAAGAAGCAGAGGAUGAUGGUGAGAGCGGCGGUGCUGAAGAUGAAGGAUCCCCGACAGAUAAUCAGAGACAUGGAGAAGCUGGAUGAGAUGGAGUUCAACCCAGUCCAGCAGCCCUUGUUGAAUGAGAAAGUGCUGAGGGACAAGAGGAAGAAGCUCCGGGAAACGUUUGAACGCAUCGUCCGCCUGUAUGAGAGGGAGAACCCCGACACCUACAAGGAGCUCCGCAAGCUGGAGCUAGACUACGAGACCAAGCGGGGGCAGCUGGCGCUCUACUUUGACUCAGUCAAGAAUGCCGAGUCAGUGGAGGUCGACAGCAUCCCCUUACCAGACAUGCCUCACGCCCCCUCCAAUAUCCACAUCCAGGACAUCCCACUACCAGGGGCUCAGCCUCCCUCCAUCCUGAAGAAGAGCUCUGCUUUUGGUAAAGGUCCUCUGUCGACAUCCUCUGGACCGAUUUUAGCCACAGCCCCGGGUGUUCCACGUUUACCUACAGGAAAGAAGCCCCCCGGCCCCCCACCUGGACCCCCACCUCCACAGGUCCUCGCUCUGUACGGCAUUCCUUCUCGACGAGCUUUCGGCACAGACAUGGAGCCCUCCAUCCCCGGUCUUGAAAAAGAUUCUGCCAUGGACCUGGGGAGAGAUCGGGACAGCGGCAGUGACAGCGACAGAGAUCGUGAUGACGACGACGAUGAAAGUGACUCUGAGGACGACAGUGACGAUGAGAGAGACGAAGGAGACGACGGCGACCAGAGGAUGAGCGUGGACAGGCUGGACGAUCAGAGGGAACGAGAGGAGGACAGAGACAGGAACGACAGACAUGCUAGUCGCAGUGUUCGUUUCGCUGAUGUUCCUCCAGAGGCUCCACGCGAAGGGAAGAAGAAGAAGAAGAGGAUCGUGAAGAGGACCAAAGCCAUCACUCCUCUACAGGCCAUGAUGCUGAGGAUGGCAGGUCAGUCUGUUCCUGAGGAGGAGGAGGAAGAGGAGGUGGAGGAGGAGUACACAGACGACUCGGACGCUUCGGACACCGAGGACAGAGGACCACCGGGGGACAGCCAGCCCCACCUGAUGCCCAACCAGCGUCUACCCCCACCCUCCGGACCGGUGGGUCAGCAGGGGCCUCCACAUAUGCAAGGUCCACCGAUGACCGGGCCCCCACCUCUGGGUCCACCCCCUGCUCCUCCAAUGAGACCACCUGGUCCUCCCUCUGGCCCGCCUCCUGGCCCCCCACCAGGUGCUCCUCCGUUCCUGAGGCCUCCUGGUAUGCCCGGAGGCUUGAGGGGUCCGAUGCCUCGUCUCCUGCCCCCUGGACCUCCACCUGGUCGACCUCCAGGUCCUCCACCGGGCCCCCCUCCUGGCUUACCACCAGGCCCCCCACCACGAGGACCCCCUCCCAGACUCCCACCCCCGGCACCACCAGGUAUGCCCCCGCCUCCCCCGAGAGCAGGAGGACCCCCACGCCCACUCGCCCCCCCGCUCUCCCUCUUCCCCCCACCUCUCAACUCCAACGUGCUCAGCGCUCCUCCGAGCAUCGUGCAGCGACAGAAAGGCUCCGCGUCCAAUCAGGACGCUCCUCAGAGCAACAUGCCGCCCCCUCCCAUGCCCAUGAGGCCGGGCGUCAUGCAGAUGCCUCCUCCCCCGGGGACGGCUGCAGCACCCGCGGGCGCCAACCAAGGCAGCAACCCCCACCACGCCGCCACCAUCGAGAAGCGGGCCAACAUCACCUCUGUGGCUGCAGCUGGAGGCGGUGUCGCGGCAGGGCCCGGCGCCGGAGGGGCCACCAUCUCCGCCAAACCUCAGAUCAUCAAUACCAAAGCGGAGGUCACCCGCUUCGUGCCCACGGCGCUGAGGGUGCGUAGGGACAAGGGCGGAGCCAUGCCCGGGGCGGCUCUGGGGCCAAUGGAGAAAGGAGGAGGACGGAGGGGCGACGAUGGCAUGGGAGGGGGGCAUAAGCAGCACGCGGCGGCAGGUCCCAUGGUGCACCCGGCCCAGAUGGGGGCUGUGCCUCAGCCCAACAUGAAGACAAAGGACCAGAUGUAUGAAGCGUUCAUGAGGGAGAUGGAGGGACUCCUCUGAGACUCGGGGGUGUCGAGGGGGGCGCCCUCGUUUUCUGUGUUUUCCGUGCGGAGGUUUAGAAGUGUCUUUGAGGGUGUCGGCUAGAUCAGAAUCUGUAGUGCCCAAGGCUCGUCUUCUUUUUAUUUUUAUCUGGCCUAAUAUUUGCUGUAUCAAAGAGAAUGUGAACUUCAUGUACGCAAAACAUCUGAUCGCAAACUUCAUCGUGACCCUUCAAAAAGGUCGCUCCUCUACGCCCACAUGAACCAACACCUUUCUCCGCACUGUAAAGAAAAAGUUCCUAGACUUCAUUUUGUGUGUUAUUCUUUUUUGUGCUCCACCCAGUCGGCUGUUUUGUAUGAUUUUAUGACUGUUCUGUUUUACUCUGUUGGUGAUCUCCUAAACAUGUUGGACUUCAAAAUAUUGUUUUGAACAAUUGUUUGACACUUCAUUGACGAAACACGUGUCUGUAUUGAACAGAAACUGAAAUAAACUGAAACUUGAUCUGCAGCUAAAUAAAUGCAUCAAAAUAG